AUGUUACAAAGCCGAGGGGAUGGCCAUCCCGACCCAAUACUGCGCGGAAGAGGCGCGGAUGGAUACAAAGAAAGGCCGGAGGACAAAGCUGGGGACCGGAAUGGACUCGGGGAUAGGUAUUCGCACUACCAGUACACUCACGGGUCUCUUUUCUUCAAAGGAAUGUGUAAGCGACCUCACUGGCUUAUCGCCUUUGGUAUUUGCGAUUCGUUGGGAUCGUUCAAGCUCGUGAGGCGGCGUGCCGGCGUGCGCGUCGGAGUUUGCAAUACUGGCAUGAACUGGAAGGCGGAUCCAGUUUAUGAGCCACGCAAAGACGCCGAAAUGCAAAUAGGGACCGGAAAGCAAGCACGGAGUGAGCGUAAAGCGAUUGAAGAGGAUGGUAAUCGAAGUGUCGCCGCGUUCACGGAGCUUCAAGCUGAGCGGAGUGGCUCCGCUUACUCCGCUGACCAAGCGCUUAUGUCGGCGCGCGCUUGCGUCUAA